AUGGGUUUUGUGUCUAGUUUUCCUAGAACCCACAAGGGCACUGACAAUGUGUGGGUAGUGGUUGACAGAUUAACUAAGUCCACAUAUUUCUUGGCUAUGAAGAUUGGCAGGCUCGGAGUAAAGCAGAAGAGUUUCUUCGAUCACAGGAGAAAAAGUUUAGAAUUUCAAGUGGGAGAUCAUGUAUUCUUGAGGGUCGCUCCAACCAAAGGAGUUAUUCGUUUUGGCGUGAGAGGGAAGCUCAGUCCUCGAUUUAUCUGCCCAUUUGAGAUUUUAGAGUGCAUUGGUGAAGUGGUGUACCGGCUUGCACUAUUGCCAGCUCUUUCCCGUGUGCAUAAUGUGUUCCACGUUUCUAUGUUGAAGAAGCUCAUCGCAAAUCCUGAUCAUAUAAUACUAUUUUCAGACUUUAAACUUAACAAUGAUAUGACAUAUGAGGAGCGUCUUGUGAAGAUCGUGGAUUUCAAAGAACAAGCUUUGAGAAGACGGAUCAUUCCUUAUGUAAAGGUUCAGUGGAGCAAUCAUUCAGAGCUUGAAGCGACAUGGGAGUUAGAGUCGGAGAUGAGAGAGAGAUACUAG